CCAAGAUCCCCCAAGCCACUCCCACAAUGGCUCAGACCCCGACAGCAGCAUCUUCGUACCCACCCGAAGACGAGCGCGAGAUCAAAAACACCAUCGUGCUCUUCGACGUCGACCAAACCCUCACCAUCCCGCGCGGCAAAGCCACACCCCCAAUCCUCGCCCUGCUCUCCGCCCUCCGCAAAAAAGUCCCAAUCGGCUACAUCGGCGGCUCCAACCUCCCCAAACAACAAGACCAACUCGGCGACGCCGCCGGCACAGACGUCCGCAACCUCUUCGACUACUGCUUUGCCGAAAACGGCCUCGUCGCCUUCCACGGGCCCACCUCCCUCGGCGACGCCUCCUUCAUCCAGUCCAUCGGCGACGCACAGUACAAGCUGCUAGUCAACUGGGUCCUGCGCUACAUUGCCGACCUCGACAUCCCGGUCAAGCGCGGCACCUUUGUCGAGUUCCGCCGCGGCAUGAUCAACGUAUCGCCCAUCGGGCGCAACGCAAGCCAGGAAGAGCGCGUCGCGUUUGAGCAGUACGACAAAGUGGCCCGGGUGCGCCAGACCAUGGUCGACCGCAUGCGCGCCGAGUUUGCGCAUCUGGGGCUCACGUUUAGCAUCGGCGGGCAGAUUUCGUUUGACGUCUUCCCUGCCGGCUGGGAUAAGACGUAUGUGCUUAGGUAUCUGCCGGAGGAGCGCUGGGCGACGGUGCAUUUCUUUGGUGACAAGUAUGUCGAGGGCGGGAAUGAUUAUGAGAUGAUUGUGCAUCCGCGGGUUACGCCGCAUAGGGUGGAUAGUCCGGAGCAUACGAUGCGGGAUGUGAUUGCGACGUUUUUCCCGGAGGGGUAUGUUGAGGAGAAGGCGUGACUUGCUGGUGGUGGUGGUGGUGGUGGGUAUGGAUAUGGAUGCAUGCAUGGGGGAAAUGAUAAAGCGGGAGGAUGAAAAUCAGGUGUUUGUAGCCACCGAUUGUCAAUGGGCAGAGGAGGGUGACACGACUAGUCACGACACAGGCUGUUUGAGAGAAUAGCCCUUUGAGGCUCUCCGACGGCCCGAACAUCUCACUCAAGUUACUUGGAGGCAGAAAGUCGACGAAGCAUAGAAGAAUCCUUUUAGAUGAAGCAAAAACACAGCCUAGAACACGGGUAUUUACCACAAAGAGACAUGCAAAUUCACGUCUAGCAGC